AUGAAAUUAGGAUAUAAUGAAAUAAUGAUAACAUCAAUGUACUUUAAUGAUAUUGAAGAUUUUAUUAAUUUAGAAAUAGGAAUUAAAAGAUUUCAAGGAAAUAUGGAACGAUUUCAUUUUAAUCCAAUUCCAUUAAAUGAAUAUUCAAGAAAAUUGUUUCAUAAUAUUGAAACAUUUCAUAUUUAUAAUGAAAAUGAUGAAAUAUUUAAUGAUGGAAAAAUAUUUAAAUAUGUAAUAUGGUAUUUAGUAGAAUAUUCAAAAUAUUUACAAGAGAAAGAAAAAAGAAAUAUAUAUAAAAAUAUAAUAUAUACACAAUAUGAUAGAAAUAAAUAUGGAACUACAAUACCAUCAGAAGUUAAAUCACUUGGAUAUAAUUGUUUUAGUUAUUGUGAUAAAUUAACAACAAUUAAUAUACCAUCAUCUGUCAGUGAAAUAGGAGAUUAUUGUUUUAGAGAAUGUUAUUCAUUAAAAUCAAUUAAUAUACCAUCAUCUGUUAUAUCAAUAGGAGAUGAUUGUUUUAAUGGAUGUUCAUCAUUAACAUCUAUGAAUAUAGAUAAUCUACAAUUUGUAAGUAAAGAAAGAAUAUUUAUGAAUGAACCAGUGUUAGUUAGUAUUUCAAUACCUGAUAAUCUACAAAUAAUCAAUGGAAAGAAUAUUUUCAAGAAAGAUAUUAAUGAAUUUAUUAUUCCAUCAUCAAUUAGUGAAUUAGGAUAUGAAUGUUUUUAUGAAUGUUCAUCAUUAACAUCAAUUAAUAUUCCAUCAUCAAUUAGUAAAUUUGGAGAUGCAUGUUUUUAUCAAUGUACAUCAUUAACAUCUAUUAAUAUACCAUCAUCUGUUAGUAAAUUAGGAAAUUGGUGUUUUUGUGAAUGUUCAUCAAUAACAUCGGUGAGUGUAGACAAUCUACAAUUUGUAAGUAAAGAAAGAAUAUUUAUGAAUGAACCAGUGUUAAUUAGUAUUAAAAUACCAGAAAAUCUACAAAUAAUCAAUGGAAAGAAUAUUUUCAAGAAAGAUAUUAAUGAAUUUAUUAUUCCAUCUUCAAUUACUAAGUUAGGAGAAUAUUGUUUUUCUGGAUGUUCAACACUAACAUCUAUAACUAUACCAUCAUCAAUUAGUGAAAUAGGAGAUAGUUGUUUUGAUGAAUGUAUAUCAUUAAAAUCAAUUAAUGUACCAUCUUCAAUUAGUGAAAUAGGAAAUUGGUGUUUUUAUGAAUGUACAUCAUUAACAUCAAUUAUUAUACCAACGAGUAUUAGUGAAUUAGGAUAUGAUUGUUUUAAAGGAUGCUAUUCAUUAACAUCAAUUAAUUUACCAUCAUCAAUUAAUGAAAUAGGAUAUUGUUGUUUUGGAUAUUGUUCAUCAUUAACAUCUAUGAAUAUACCAUCAUCAAUUACUAAAUUUGGAGAUGGAUGUUUUUAUGAAUGUGGAUGUAAAGAAGAAUUAAUGAAAAAUGAAACAAUACCAAGAAAUUGCUUUAAAUUCUAUUGA